AUGGCUCCGAACAAAAGUUUCGUCUUCAACAAUGUGCCAACUGGCCUGCCAGUCGUUGGCGAGCACAUAUCGAUCAAAGAUGCCGCCUACGACUCCGACGCAGACUGCCCUGCGGGCGGCGUUUUGGUCAAAUCUCUCUACGCCAGUAUCGACCCUUACCACAGGUCUCGCAUGCGACCAGCGCACAUCAAAUCGUACCAACCUGCCUUGGAGCCUGGAAAUCCUUUGAUUGCGAGGAGUAUUGGCAAGAUCGUCAAAUCCGACAGUGAAACCUUCCCUGUCGACAGCCUUGUUGUUGGCAACCUGCCAAUCCAAGAAUACACCACGGUCGGAAAGGAGUUGAUGCACUUCCUCAAACCAUUGGAAGAGAAAUCCAAGAUCUCUGAUCUACGUGUCCACCUUGGCGCGUUGGGAGUGCCUGGUCUUACAGCGUACGGAGGUCUCUACGAAAUCGGCAAGCCCGCCAAAGGGCAGACUAUCUUCGUUUCGGCAGCAAGCGGCGCAGUUGGACAGAUGGUCGGUCAGCUCGCCAAACUCGAAGGCAUGAAAGUCAUCGGAAGCGUUGGAUCAGACAAGAAACUUGACUACAUCACUUCCGACCUAGGCUUCGACUCAGGCUUCAACUACAAGAAGGAGAGUCCAGCCGAAGCUCUGGCCCGACUCGCCCCCGAAGGCAUUGAUGUUUACUUCGACAACGUCGGAGCAGAGCAUCUUGACGCCGCAAUCGUUGCGAUGAACGACUUCGGGAGAGUGGUCAUGUGCGGCACAAUCGCUGACUACAACACUGCUAAGGAGGAUCACUAUCCUCUGCGAUCAUAUGAUCUCAUCUUUUCGAAGAGGCUCACUGUCCGGGGCUUCAUUGUGUCCGACAAGGAUAUCGCCCCAAAGUAUGCUGCAGAACAUCAGCAGCGAGUGCGACAAUUGCUGGAGGAUGAUGCAAUUCGUGUGAAGACGUGGGAAGUCGAAGGCAUUGAUAAGGCACCGGAUGCGUUCUUGGCUUUAUUCACAGGAGGAAACUUUGGCAAGGCUGUGCUCAAGUUUUGA